AAGAGAGCUUUCUCAUUUUCUGAGAGAGAAGGAGAGCAAACCAUGGAGAAGCUAAAGUCGAUUAUACCAUUUGAGAUAAAGAGGAAGAUAGAGCAAAGCAGUAUCAAAGAUCUUCCUUCAACAAGUUCAUCUCUCCAUGAUUUCUUAGCUAAAUCCCCUCUCUUUCACUCAAUGGUUGAGGAUUUGACAAAUCCUGAACUGGGGUUUUGCGACAAGAAUAAGGAGGCUGCUUUGGAAUUGAAGAAUAAGGGAAAUGCUUGCUUCUCUUCUUCCGAUUACUCCUCCGCAGCUCGUUUCUAUUCACAAGCGUUACGUGUUGCUCCAGUCGAUGUUGUUGACAAAGGCAACAAGUUGGUUGCAACCUUGUAUGUGAAUCGGGCUUCUUCCUUUCAUAAAAUGAGUCUUUUUGAGGAGUCACUACGAGACUGCAACCGGGUCCUCUCCAUUAGUCCAAAAUAUGCCAAGGCUUGGUACAGGAGAGGCAAGGUCAACACUUCUUUGUUAAAUUAUGAAGAUGCAAUCUGCGACCUGAAGGUAGCCUUGGACUUUGAAGGAACUUCAAGUGGAAAGAGACAAAUACAAAAUGAUCUGAAGUUAAUGGAAAGUCAAAGUAAAACUGAAAGUACCUUUCAAGAGCUCAGUGGGAAAGAUCAGCUUGUGAUUGAUGAGCUACCACAAGCAAAGCUUCAGUGUGUAUCUACUCCAAUCAAAGGGAGGGGUAGGGCUUCACUGUUUGAUAUACCUCCAGCUUCUUUAGUUCAUCAGGAAGAGCCUUAUGCUGCGAUCAUAUUGAAGAACUUCCGAGACACACACUGUCAUUUUUGUUUCAAUGAACUGCCGGCGGAUAAUGUUCCCUGUACAUCAUGUUCAAUACCAUUGUACUGUUCUGAGCUUUGCCAACUUCAGGCAGGAGGACUGAUUUCGAGGAAAUGUGUAACUAGCAAAGCAAUUGAUGAUAUUCUUUCUGGUGAACUUCUAAAGUAUGUCUUAAAGGUGACUGCAGAAAGUGAUUUGGAUCCAAGCAGAGAGUGUAUCACUGAACAUGGACAUGAAUGUUGUGGUGUGAAUUGGCCUGUUGUGUUGCCAACCCAGGUGGUAUUGGCUGGUCGUAUUUUAGUGAAGUUGGUCGAACUUAAAGAGAAUUUGAAAGAUUUGGACCUUUCUCAUAAUUAUGUACAUCUCCCUCCAGAAAGCAAAGUGGAGUUGCAUGUAUACUCAAUUGUGCUGAUUUACUGUAUGCAAUCUUCGUAUAAAUCUGAAUUAGAGCUGCAUGGAGCUACUUUUGCAAAGGUUAUCGUUCUUAUUUCUCAAAUAAAGAUCAACUCCAUGGCAAUUGUUCGUAUGAAAUAUGCAGAUAUGUACAAUCCGCUAAAUCAAUCAGGAAAUGCUCCCUUACCUGGAGACACUAUGACAAAUAAUCUUGAGCAGGUGAGAGUUGGACAAGCAAUAUACUUAUCUGGCAGUCUGUUUAACCACUCCUGCGUGCCUAAUGUCCAUGCCUACUUCACUUCUCGUACACUUCUGAUAAGAACCACAGAAUUUGUGCUCCCUGGGUGUCCAUUGGAGCUAUCUUAUGGGCCACAGGUUGGGCAGUGGGAUUACAGUAACCGGCAGCGAUUUCUGCAAGACAAUUAUUCAUUCAAAUGUGAAUGUAGUGGAUGUACUAAAGUUAACCUUCCUGAUCUUGUCUUAAAUGCUUUCCGCUGUGCUAAACUCAAUUGCUCUGGUGUGGUUCUUGAUGACUGUAUGGUGGAGCACCAGAAACACAAAUUCUGUCAUUUACAAGAGACGCCUGAAAUUCACAGCAUGGAGCAUCAACGAGAGGUUGACAAGUUGAUGAAUGACGAGGUCAAGAACAUUGCCGGCCUCAUGUUUGGGCAUAGUAAUUACUUCCCUGAUAUUCAAUCUGGAUGCUGCCUAAAAUGUGGCUACGCUAGUGAUCUGAAGUCUCUGCAUGCAACAGUUGAUGAAGCUGAUUUAAUUUUUCAAAGUUUGAAGGGAGCUGCUGUUUCAAAUGAGGUUUAUGCUGGUAAUGGUAUCCUGUCAAAUGCUUUGAGUUCUCUUAAUGAUCUGAAAUCAACACUUCAUUCAUAUAACAAGAAACUUGCAGAGGCAGAAGAUAUUCUUGCGGAGGCGUUUUGUUCAGUUGGGGAGAUGCAACAAGCAAUUGAUCACUGUAUAAUAUCCAUUCAGAUUCUGAAGAAGCUAUAUGGUCCUGGUCAUAUUGCCCUUGGAAAUGAGCUCGUAAAGCUUUCAUCUCUUCAGCUAGCUUUGGGUGAUACUGCUGCAGCAGACACUGUAUAUGAGAUGGAUAACAUAUUCUCAAACUAUUAUGGGAAUCAUGCUGAGUUGAUGUUUCCGUAUCUGCGAUACCUCAAAAGGGAACUUGCCGAUGGAGUAUGGCCGGCCAACGCAUAAACACACAAACACGACCACAUCUGCACGUUGUUGGACCUUGGGCCGUGCCCAAGCCAGCACGCAUUGCAACGCUGAUAUGUUGUUGCUAUGUGGCUCGUGCGCAUCAACCAACAAGGCCAUGGGCCAUGCGCUGCUGCGUUGCCUUGCACGCUGCUGCUACGCUCAUGGGCCUCGAGCGCUUCGCGCAUUCAGCUCGUGGGCUGGCAGCUCCUCCUCGUAUGCAUCUGAUGGCCUUUCAGCCAAUGCUUUAUUGUAUAGUACUUGACGAUCCAAUUUCGUACAAUACGAUUAUUCGUUUCACCUAGCUUACGAAUAUACGCAAUAUGAUAUACGAUUCUGAUCCAACGUCUUAUCGUAUAUUUAUGUUUUCCGAA